AUGAAGACCUCAUCGAUCGCUCUGACCCUUGCGGCAGCUGCCAUGGCCAGCGCACAAGAAGAGCCGUACUACAACAUCACAACUGCACCUUUCUACCUGGUCGUCACAUCAGAAGAUGGUGGUGUCAACGACACAAUCAGUGCCUGUCACGUCGGUGCAGCGAUAGAAUCGCUCUGCUUGAGCAAUGCUGGAGCGGGGGAUGCCCCAGAACCUCUCGCUGGCGCAGAAUUCCAAUUCAACACAUCAAUCUACUCUCAGGCACCAGAGCCAUCUUUCGGCGUACCUGGCAUCCUGACUUGGUGGCUGAACACAAGCACUCUCGACAUUCCAUCAUCAGCGGCCUUUGGCCUUGACCCGAUUUCCAAUCUCGCAACCUUCACCCUCAGCCCUGGCAGCGAUGACGCAACGCAGCUUGCUUUCAACUCUCAGGACGAGUUGACUCUUCAGGCGUAUGUUCCGGGCGAGAACUACACAGGCAGCUAUCAGGAGUUCUACCGCUGGUAUGCGUGCGACACAUCCUACUCCAGCUACCAGUACAACAACCUCGUGUGGGGAUUGGGUGCAGGCAAGCCGGACAACCCGACGUGUGUCUCAGUCAACGUGACAAGGGACCCCAUUGACUGGGAAGCCGAGAAGUCGGACAGGGGGGAUAAGGUAUGCGAGGCGGUGUCGGUGACAGGCGUGGGGAAACCUGCGUUGCCCAGGACGGAUAGCACUUCCGUCAUUCUUUCGCAUCGCAUCGUCCUCAUGUUUCCUUCUACCUUACUUCUCUUCCCUUUGGUCUUACUCACGAAACCUACAACUGCUCAGUCUUCUUCUCUAUCCUCAUCAAACACACCUAUACCUAGCAGCGAUGUUACAGUGAUCGCCGGCGCUGCCAGCACUUCCACUGGCACCUACUCUGCCAGCUUCUCGAGCGGCCUGCCGGGCAUAGUUCUGAUCUCGACUGCUUCAGGGCGGCAAAAUGCUACCGCCACAUCUUCGACGACAACCGAAGAUGUCACAGCUAUAGUCGGUCUGUCCCCUUCGACCAAUUCCGCAAACGGUACCGCUUCAGCGACAACUUCAGCUCGUCCUCGGCCAAGUAAUACUCGACCAUGCAACGGACAUGUCGAAUUCUGCGAACGGAGAUUUUCUAACGUCUCGAUGGUCGUCGCGCACAACAGCCCGUUCGUGAAACCACACAAUGCAGCCAGCAAUCAAGUCUAUCCAGUGCUUAACCAGCUCAGCGACGGAAUCAGAGGGCUGCAGUUCGAGACCCAUAAACCCAACGCCUCCUCUGGGAUACGUCUCUGCCAUACCUCUUGCAACCUGCUCGACGUGGGCACCCUCGAAUCAUACCUCGCAACGGUCAAAGGCUGGCUCGCUGAACACCCAUACGAAGUCAUCGCUAUCAUGAUGGGCAACAACAACGGAGAUGACACCAAGAUACCGGCGACGGACUACGUUGCGCCAUUCCAAGAUUCAGGAAUGAUGGAAUACCUAUGGACCCCACCCUCAGCUACUAUGAACCUGACCGAUUGGCCUACACUAGCUGAGAUGAUUAUCAGAAACAAGCGCGUGGUAGUGAUGCUAGACUACAAUGCAGACCAAAGCCAAGUUCCAUGGCUCCUCAACGAAUGGAACUACCAAUGGCAAACGCCCUUCUCUCCUACAAAUCCUGCCUUUCCAUGUACCGAGCAGCGACCUCCCAAUCAAGCUGAAGAUGUCUCACGCAACCGUAUGUACUUGAUGAACCACAAUCUCAACAUCGAAGUCAGUCUCCCUGGCGUCAGCAGCAUUCUCAUACCAGCGUACUCGCUCCUCGACCAAGUCAACGCUGUCUCUGGCAAUGGCAGUGUCGGGCUCAAUGUGAAGAAUUGCGAGAAGAUGUGGGACAGGCCGCCGAACUGGAUACUCGUUGAUUAUUACAAUUUUGGCAAUUUUAAUGGGAGUGUCUUUCAAGUUGCGGCCACGGCGAACAACGUUACAUACAACGACCAGUCGUGUUGUGGUACUGAAGAUACUAGUGCCGCACAUGCCCUUAGCAGCCAAGGAUUCUUUGUGGCUUCGGUGCUUGUUGGGGCUUUUUUGUUGUGUUCCUCAUUCUACUAUGAACUUUGUCUCAACCAACGCACUGAUUCCACCAGCGGUUACUUGAAACUCUACACUCGCUUAAGGAUGCCAUCGCUAAGACCACCCAACAUGCCCUCCCUUAGAACUCGCAUCCGUAAGCUCCGUCGCGAAGCAAAAAAAGACAAGGGAGAAGGCGAAUCGAUCAACCGAUACAACACAGUACAGCUAUUCCCACCUCCUGACGACAAACUCACAACGCUCGUUCAGGUGCGACACAACUACAGGUACAAGUUUGAACCGCUGCCCCGCCAGAACGAUCCAGUCAUCAGAGAAAUCCUGGGCCUCAUCCGCAGCCUGAAUGGUCAAAACAUCGAGGUUGCAGAUAUGCGCUUCCGAGUAUCGCCGACCGACAAGUCCCUACCGUUUUGGUUGGCUUUGCCUGAUUAUACAACCUACUGCAGCAAGCUGUAUACCUUCAUAGACGACUAUCACGAAUUUCCACUCACUGCCUGGGUGACCUUCUCUCCUGGACUACCUGGCCCAACCGCAGAUAAUCUCUACCUAAAGAUAGGUACAAAGUGGGUUUUGCUGAAAGACUGGUUGCUGUCCAGCUACAAGUCUGUCGAAAUUUUAUCUGAUGGAAGUGGUCUAGUUGGCGAGAAAGGCUACAGUGCGCAGCGCAAGUGGUGGAAGCUCAAUGGGAAGUAUUUCCGUCUUUUCGACCUUCCUGCCGAGGUUCGUAUGACCGUCUUCGAAUUCGCCAUCGGUCCUCGGAUUUACCCCUUGGUUGAACUCAGCAGUUCUUCAGUUCGUCUCGGCAUCGGCUUCCCUAACUGGCUCGAUAGCAGCCUUAUGCAGCGAGACUUCCAGAGAGUAACAGGCUGCUCCGCUCACGAGCCUAAUAUCGCACUGCUGUCUGUCAGCAGGCAAACUCACAGCGAGGCACUCCAGGCUGGGUGGGAGAACACUCGAAAGUGCUUCUUCUCACUAAUCCAUUUCGAUCAUAUCCCCGAUGCGCGCACUAAACCGAAGUACAAUUGGCUCAAUCACAUUAUUCUUGACUUUAACAUGAGCGAUUGGUUCGACUUGCUUAAUCUCGAAGAUAUGCUCGGUCGAGAACCGAGGACCCACUUACACAAGAGCAGCUCCAAGUCUUCCAUUACACUUCUCUCAACACUAGACAAACUAUCAACACUACAACUUUGGUUCAGGAGCCCAGAUGAUGGGGACUCCUGGUAUCCUCAUGGUAUAAAAACAAUCGCACACAAAGUUAACAACACGUUGGAUGACAGCGAUGGCAGGAUGAUUUGCUGCCAACGUACCAUGGUAGACUUGAUCAUGACCUUCGCCUGGCCUUUUGUCAAGGACCUACGCGCAAAAGUAACUGUAGGCGGGAUUCUAAAGGAAGACACAAAGAAGAAAUGGAAUGAACGCCUUGCUUUGUCUGCAGAAGACAAGCUUCACGUCAUCGAUCAGGAGGCCGCGGAGCAGGCUAUCUUCAACACACCUCUCGCUAAC